AUGGCAUCAAUAGCACGCGAUCCCGCCUCAUCGUCUUCGCUCGCCUCCAACCCUACCGCCAGCAAACCGACUUCCUCUUCAGAUCCUCUCCCUCGCGACAUCUGGAAUCACGACUCCCACGAGACCUUACGAAAUCGCUACCGCCGGGACAUUGACGCACAGGACCAGAACAUCUCCACUCCCGCCAUCUCCAAACAUGCCGAACAGACGGUAAUGCCCUUUCUGACCCAACACAUCCCUUCCGCAUACAAUCCGCCGGGGAAUGAAGGGACUGCGACCAACACCGCCAAGCAGAGCUCUCGAAAAAUCACCUCAAACACCAAAUUCUGCUACAGGCACCAACCCGAUCUCAAGUGUCGACGGCCUGCGAACGAGCCGACGAUGGACUCACUUCAAAGCGAGCUGGCCUCCCUCUCACAGUCAGACCAGCAGGCCAUCUCUCACGUCUGGUCACUCUUCUCCGCCGCACCAGGCAAACACCGCAACCUCAUGCUCCAGGGCAUCCUCACACAGUGCUGUUUCCCUCAGCUAUCCUUCAUCGCCGCCAACGUCCGUGACCUGAUCAAGAUCGAUUUCCUCUCGGCCCUACCCGACGAAUUGGGCUACCAGGUCCUUUGUCAUCUGGACACGACCUCCCUAUGCAAAGCCGCCCAGGUCAGCCGGCGCUGGCGGAGCCUCGCCGAUGACGACGUGGUCUGGCACAGGAUGUGCGAGCAACAUAUCGAUCGCAAAUGUACCAAGUGUGGAUGGGGCCUGCCAUUGCUAGAAAGAAAGAGAUUGCGGACGGAGAAGCGACAAAUACAACUCCGAGCCGAAGGGAGGGAGGAUAACCGUUGGUCGUCAGAGAUCGCGCCUAUCCAUGAGGAGCAUGUCGACACACCCAUGUUGCCCUCGGACCCGGAUUCGGACCACUCAUCACAUGGUCGCAAACGCAGUGCAGACGUUGAGAUGCUUCCGCCUCCUGGCGCAAAACGACUAUGCUCUGCAGCGGACGCAACAGCCGGCGACAUGCAAGUGGCGCAGCGGAAGCGACCUUGGAAGGACAUCUACAAAGACCGUUUCAAGGUCGGAACCGCUUGGAAGUAUGGCCGAUGUAGCACUCGACUGUUCAAGGGUCACACAAACGGAGUCAUGUGUGUCCAAUUCGACGACAAUGUGCUCCUAUCAGGCUCAUACGACGCGACUGUCAAGGUGUGGGACAUCCAUACUGGCGAAGAGCUGCGGACGCUCAAGGGUCACACCAGCGGAAUCCGAUGUCUACAAUUCGACGAGAGCGGCAAGCUCAUGACCGGAAGCUUAGACUCGACCAUUCGAUUAUGGAAUUGGCGAACCGGCGAGACGUUGCGUGUCUUCCAAGCCCACGGUGAUGGCGUCAUUACCCUCCACUACACCGGCCGAUACGUCGCUUCCGGAUCACGCGACCGUACCAUUCGAGUGUGGGAUUCGAAGAUCAAGGAGACUUUCCUCCUGCGAGGACAUUCCGAUUGGGUCAACAGUGUCAAGGUCGAGGAAGAUUCACGGACUCUGUUCUCAGCAUCGGACGAUCUGAGUGUGCGCAUCUGGGACCUCGACGCGAAACAAUGUAUCCGCAUCUUCGAUGGUCAUGUGGGUCAAGUCCAGCAGGUCCUCCCGAUGCCGGAGGUAUUCGAAUUGGAAGAACAACAUGACCGGCGAGGUUCGGAGAAGGACGACGAUUCGAGUAGUGUCAGUUCCGUCACCCUUGCCGCCGCUCACCAUCACAUCGACACGCGACAUCAACACGACCACGCCGCCGGCCAACCCUUCUGGCCCAACGACCCCAAACGCCCCGCUCCGCCUCGAUACAUGAUCACCGGCGCCCUGGACUCCACCAUCCGCCUCUGGGACACGCACUUCUCCCCUUCCACCCAAUCGUCUUGCUCCCAAAGCGGCGAGACCAAUGCGCGACCCCUCGACCAAACCGCCCAGGCCGGCGGCACCCAAAACACCACCACCGACACCACCAACAACAACGCCGCCAUCAUCCCCCCACAAAUUCUGCCCACCGACCCCCUCACCAACUCCCACAUCCCGCGCGCCCAAGCCUGCAUCCGGACCUUCUUCGGCCACGUCGAAGGCAUCUGGGCGCUCUCCGCCGACCAUCUGCGCCUCAUCAGCGGCAGCGAGGACCGCAUGCUGAAAGUCUGGGACCCUCGCACGGGGAAAUGCGAGCGGACCUUCACCGGCCAUCAAGGCCCCGUGACGUGCGCCUGGCUCGGCGACGAGAGAGUCGCCAGCGGCAGCGAGGACGGUGAUAUCCGCGUGCUGUGGUUUGGGGAAGAGGGGAGAUAA